AUGGCAUGCUCGAGAGAUCAGCUGGUAAACCAUCAAGAUUUAGAAGAAGAACUCUCUUGUUUAAUUUGUCUGGAAUUGUAUGACGAUCCUGUAUCGUUACCCUGUCAACAUAACUUCUGUCGAAAAUGUAUACAUUCACACUCGCAGCAGGAAUCAGACCUUCAGCUACGUGUUCGUGGAUGUCAGCCUAGAUUGUUCCAAUGCCCAGCAUGCAGGAAAUCUGCCGAACUCACAGACGAAGACAUUGAUAAUUUGCCAAAGAAUUUUGUAUUACAAAACAUUAUUCUCAAACUUCAGUCAGGAAAAUCGGCAAAAAAUAAUGAAGAUGUUGUGAUUGAUGAAACGGACUGCAAACAUCAUAAUAAACCCCUGAUGGUAUACUGCAAUACUUGUGAGGAGGGCAUGUGUAUCGAUUGUCUUCCUAUACAGAAUCAUAAAGAUCACAGCAUUGUGCAUUUCAAGGAAAAAGUGAAGAUGUAUCAGGAAGAAGUGAAACAUACACUUUUGCCUCAGGUUAUGGAGUUACAGAGGUCUCUAAAAGAAACGAAGAACGGACUUAGUAAUAGCCAUGAAGAGUUCGAGGUAGUGAUUCAUGCCAAAUGGCAGGAAGUUGCUGACAGUUUCCAAGAACUGAGGUCAGCUGUGAACCAGAAAGAGUCAGAGUUGAUGUCUUCGUUAGAGUCGAACAAAAAGGAAUUAAAUUUGAGAUAUACGACUCAGACUGACUCCGUGAACGUUCAGUUAUCCACUCUUGAUGAUCUCUUCGGCAAGUUUUCCACAAUCAAUUUCCAAGAUCCCGCCAACAGUAUUGAGGAAAUCAGAAUGGACAAGAAAAGGUGUGAAGAGGCCUCGGCCGACGCAUAUGAGACGUCAGAAAAGGUGGAGAGAUUCCUUAGUGACAUGAAGGAUUCGCCAGUGUCUAGACUACUAGAACUGAGAAUGGAACUGCAGAAAAUGUUGUCUCGAAUCAACGAUAUGAAGAUUGAAGCAGAAACAGAAGUAAAAGGAUCUACUGAAGACUUGGAAACUCCCGGGGCAGGGAAUUCAGUCGCAACCAUUACAGUACCAUACACUUACCCUCAACCUGAACCUCAUCUGGGGGAAGACUGUGCCUCGGAGUUACUGUUUGGCGAUGUUAACUUUACUAAUACAACAUCGGCUUAUAAAUAUGGGAAUACAAAUCGGAAAGACAGUCACAAGUUGGCCAUUGUAGACCCUUCUACCGGCAGAGAUAUAUCAGAUGAAAUCUACAGACGCACUGAAAGAAGUUCUUCUGCAGAUGAACUUUAUCAUGGCUAUGACUGUAGCUAUUAUCGGACACAGAGAUUCUCAUGA